CAGCGAGUAAGGAAUUGUGCUCUGCAUAUCUACUCCCGUUCCCGGUUGCUCCCCGUCGCAGGACCGUGGCAAGGGCGCACAAGUGCCAAUUGAUCCACUACACGGGCGAAAAGCAAGACACGUACUGUAGAGAGUGUUGGAGCUGAUGGUGAUCCUGACCAGUAUAAAUGGGAGCCAGCUUGCGUGACGUUACGCUGCGACUUUCCCUUUUGCGCUCACCACUUCCAAUCUCCUUUAUCGGUGCCCAUCCAGCGCAAGAUAACCGACGCUCGGCGCCCCUACCCCUCCCUCUUUUGCACAUCAAGAUGGUCCGCCUCACCGCCUUGCCCGUCGCACUGGGCCUGCUCGUGCUCAGCGCCAUUGGCUCCGUCUCUGCUGGCCUUGCGCCUCGUGCAGCAGCCGACAAUACAGUGCAUGUGACGUCUGCAAAGGAUCUCUGUCUCAUCCUGCCACGGAGUAAGCACACCAACAUCGGUGACUCCGAGCAUCCAGGCGGUAUGAGGUCCUUCUGCAACAAGCCAUACGGCAACCAAGGCCAGCUUCCUAGCAACUUCUGGACGGAGGCACAUUUUUCGAGCAAGAACGGUCGCAGCGGCAAGCGCCAGGUUCAAGUGACCGGCUGCAUCAACCCGCGCUCCUCUUCGCAGCUCAAUGCGAACGAUGGCGGCGGUCAGUACGACAGCUCGGGAGGUGUAGGCGGUCGGGGUAACCCAGAGGGUUCCGUCUGCACUGGCUACAAGCACUACGUCGAGAUUGUCGAGCCAGAUGCGCGAAGAGCAUGCAUCCGCUGUUGCGACUCGAUGUCGGACUGUGACGUCUCGCGCGACACAGCUGGCUGCCCAACGGUCAUCCCUGGCAACUAUGGCAGCUGUCGCUGAACGUGAGCGCUCAGCGCGCCCACCACGGUUGCCCAUCUAGCAUCGAAAGGGCGCCCUCUUGAUACUCGCGUAUCUUUAUUUCAUUUCGGGUUCGAUCUAUAACACUUGAGCUCGCUUCGCUUUGCUGCAUGUGCAUCUCCAGUCAUCACGCAUCACGUUUCCUCCACGCACUUGCUGGACCGGGGGUGUCGGUGGAUGCCGGAUGGCCCAAAGCAUUGUAGAUAUUUGUGGACAUGGCGGUUGUGGCUCAGUACAUACUUGCCGUGCGGCGACCCUUCCGUCUUUGUGUAUGAUGCUAUGUACUUCCGAUGAGGCGAUGAG